AUGGACCUGGCUUGGAAUUUUGUCUUCAUUGUCCUCCUAAGUUUUUUGUGCUGGGGGUUAGACUGGGAAUCAGAUGGAAAUUUCAUUUCAGCAGCUGGUCCUCUAACCAAUGACUUGCUGCACAAGCUGAGUGGUCCCCUGGGAAACCAGGAUUCUAAUUUUGUAGCAGGUGACAAGGUUAUUUAUGUUUGUCACCAGCCUCUGCCUGCUUCCCUGCCAGAAUACUUCAGCAGUGUUCAUGCCAGUAAGAUCUCCCAUUAUAAAGUACUUCUGCCAUGGGCACAACUUCUCCCUGCAGGAAGCUCCAAAAAUCCAGACCAGGAAACUGUGCAGUGCUACCGAAGACUCCUGGAGGCCCUGUUGGCUGCACAGCUUCAGCCCCUGGUCGUUCUGCACCACCAAACCCUGCCUGCCAGCGCUGUCCAGGGAAGUGAAGUCUUUGCUGACCUCUUCGCUGAUUAUGCCACAUUUGCCUUCUAUUAUUUUGGGGAUCUUGUUGGCAUCUGGUUCACUUUUAGUGACUUGGAGGAGGUGAUUUCGGAACUUCCCCACCAGGAAUCAAGAGCUUCACGUCUCCAGACCCUCAAUAAUGCCCACAGAAAAGCCUAUAAGAUUUACCAUGAAAAAUUUGCUUCUCAGGGUGGAAGGCUCUCUGUUGUCCUACGAGCUGAAGAGAUCCCUGCGUUCCUGCUAGAGCCAUCCCUGUCUGCGCUUGCCAAGGACUCGAUCGAUUUCCUCUCUCUUGACUUGUCUUAUGAAUGCCAAAGUGAGGCGAGUUUACCACAGAAGCUGAGUAAAUUGCAGACCAUUGAACCAAAAGUGAAAGUAUUUGUUUUCAACCUAAAACUCCAGGACUGCCCCUCCACCCAGAAGGACCCAGCCAAGCUGCUAUUCAGCCUUUUCGAAGCCAUAAAUAAAGAUGAAGUGCUCACCAUUGGGUUUGAUAUUAAUGCAUUUCUGAGUUGUUCAUCAAGUUCCAAGAAAAGUGACGCCUGUUCUCUGACUGACAGCCCGAUCCUUCCCACUGGCCAGCAGGACCACGAGACGGCGCUUGGCUCUGUGUCGCCCGCCUCAGCCUACCAGCGAGUCUGGGAAAUGUUCGCUAACCAGUCCCGGGCAGAAAGGGAUACUUUCCUGCAGGAUGUGUUCCCUGAAGGCUUUCUCUGGGGUGUCUCCACGGGAGCUUUUAGCGUGGAAGGAGGCUGGGCCGAGGGUGGAAGGGGACCAAGCAUCUGGGACCUACUCGGGCGCCGGAACGCCACCACGGGCCAGGUGACGCCACAGGUGGCCAGUGACAGUUACCACAAGGUGGACUAUGACGUUGCCCUGCUCCGCGGCCUCCGAGCUCAGGUCUACAAGUUCUCCAUCUCCUGGUCCCGGAUCUUCCCCACAGGGCUUAAGAGCAGCCCCAGCCUCCGAGGUGUCGCCUAUUACAAUAAGCUGAUCAACAGCCUGCUGGACUCACACAUUGAGCCCAUGGUGACCUUGUUCCACUGGGACCUGCCUCAGGCCCUGCAGGAUCUCGGAGGGUGGCAGAAUGAGAGCGUGGUGGGGGCCUUUCUGGACUAUGCAGCCUUCUGCUUCUCCACUUUUGGGGACCGUGUGAAGCUGUGGGUGACCUUCCAUGAGCCGUGGGUGAUAAGCUAUGCAGGCUAUGGCACCGGCCAACACGCACCAGGCAUCUCUGACCCAGGAGUGGCUUCUUUUAAGGUAGCUCACUUGGUCCUCAAGGCUCACGCCAGAGCUUGGCACCACUACAACAGCCACCAUCGUGCACAGCAGCAGGGGCGCGUGGGCAUUGUGCUGAACUCCGACUGGGCAGAACCCCUGUCCCCAGAGAGGCCCGAGGACCUGAGAGCCUCUGAGCGCUUCUUGCACUUCAUGCUGGGUUGGUUUGCACACCCCAUCUUUGUGGAUGGGGAUUACCCAGAAGCCCUGAGGGCCCAGAUUCAACAGAUGAACAAACAGUGCCCUGGCCCUGUGGCCCAACUCCCUGAAUUCACUGAGACAGAGAAGAAGCUUCUGAAAGACUCAGCAGACUUUCUGGGUCUGUCCCAUUACACCUCCCGCCUUAUCAGUGAGGCCCAGCAAGACACCUGCCACCCCAGCUAUGAUACCAUCGGAGGCUUCUCCCAACACAUGGACCCUGCAUGGCCUCACACCUCAUCCCCUUGGAUCCGGGUGGUACCCUGGGGUAUAAGGAGGCUGUUGCAGUUUGUAACCUUGGAAUACGCAAGAGGAAAAGUUCCAAUCUACCUGGCUGGGAAUGGCAUGCCCAUUGGAGAAGGUGAAAAUCUCCUUGAUGACUCUUUGAGAGUAGACUACUUCAAUCAAUAUAUCAACGAAGUGCUUAAGGCUAUCAAGGAGGACUUAGUGGAUGUUCGUUCUUAUGUUGCUCGUUCCCUCAUUGACGGCUUUGAAGGUCCCUCUGGUUACAGUCAGAGGUUUGGGCUGUACCAUGUCAACUUUGAUGACAGCAGCAAGCCAAGGACUCCCAGGAAAUCUGCCUACUUUUUCACCAGCAUCAUUGAAAAGAAUGGUUUCCUCACCAAGGUAGUAAAUAGACUGCCACAAAACUUCCCCUCCAAAAUUAAAACCUUCACAUAUUCUUCUGAGGUCCCCUCCAAGGCAAAAGUAGUUUGGGAAAAGUUCUCUAACCAACCUAAGUUUGAAAGAGAUUUGUUCUACCAUGGCACGUUCUGGGAUGACUUUCUGUGGGGUGUGUCCUCGUCAGCCUAUCAGAUUGAAGGAGCUUGGGAUACUGAUGGCAAAGGCCCCAGCAUUUGGGAUAACUUUACCCACACACCAGGGAACACUGUGAAAGACAAUGCCACAGGAGACAUAGCCUGUGACAGCUACAACAGAUUGGAUGCCGAUCUGAAUAUGCUUCGAGCUCUGAAAGUGAAAGCCUAUCGCUUCUCUAUCUCCUGGUCCCGGAUUUUCCCAACUGGGAGAAACAGUUCUAUCAACAGCCAUGGUGUUGAUUAUUACAACAAGCUGAUCGAUGGCUUGGUGGCAAGCAACAUCUCUCCCAUGGUGACUCUGUUUCACGGGGACCUGCCCCAAGCCCUGCAGGAUAUUGGAGGCUGGGAUAAUCCUUCCUUGAUCGAGUUGUUUGACAGCUAUGCGGACUUUUGUUUCCAGACCUUUGGUGACAGAGUUAAGUUCUGGAUGACAUUUAAUGAGCCCAUGUACCAAGCAUGGCUGGGUUAUGGCUCAGGGGCUUUUCCCCCAAAUGUGAAGGACCCAGGCUGGGCACCUUACAAGAUUGGCCAUGCAGUCAUCAAAGCUCAUGCCAGAGUCUAUCACACAUAUGAUGAGAAAUACCGGCAGAAGCAGCAGGGGGUAAUUUCAUUGAGCCUUAGUGCACACUGGGCAGAGCCCAAGUCUCCUGGGAUCCCAAGAGAUGUGGAAGCGGCUGACCGAAUGUUGCAGUUCUCCCUGGGCUGGUUUGCCCACCCCAUUUUCAGAAACGGAGACUAUCCGGAUGCCAUGAAGUGGAAAGUGGGGAACAGGAGUGAACUACAGCAUUUACCUGCUUCCCGCCUGCCAAGCUUCACUGAAGAAGAGAAGAGGUACAUUAGGGCUACGGCUGAUGUCUUCUGCCUCAACACCUAUUCUUCCAGAAUCGUGAGGCAUAAAACACCCAGGCUAAACCCUCCUUCCUACGAAUAUGACAUGGAGAUGUCUGAGGAAGAGGACUCUUCGUGGCCUUCUACAGCCUUGGACAGAGCUGUACCCUGGGGGAUGCGAAGACUGCUGAACUGGAUCAAAGAAGAGUAUGGCGAUGUCCCCAUUUACAUAACUGAAAAUGGAGUGGGGCUGACAAAUCCCAAAAUGGAGGACACUGAUAGAAUAUUUUACCACAAAACCUACAUCAAUGAAGCUUUGAAAGCCUACAGGCUCGACGGUGUAGACCUUCGGGGAUAUGUGGCAUGGUCUCUGAUGGACAGCUUUGAGUGGCUGAAUGGCUACACAGUCAAGUUUGGACUGUACCACGUUGAUUUCAAUGACUUGAGUAGACCUCGAACAGCAAGAGCCUCUGCCACAUACUACACAGAGAUCAUUACCAACAAUGGCAUGCCACUGCCCAAGGAAGAUGAAUUUCUGUAUGGACAAUUUCCCGAGGGUUUCAUCUGGAGUGCAGCUUCUGCUGCAUAUCAGAUCGAAGGUGCAUGGAGAGCAGACGGCAAGGGACUCAGUAUUUGGGACACGUUUUCCCACACACCACUGAAGAUUGAGAAUGAUGACACUGGAGACGUGGCCUGUGACAGUUACCACAAGAUUGCUGAGGAUCUGGUAGCUCUACAGAACCUGGCUGUGUCCCACUAUCGCUUUUCUGUCUCCUGGUCUCGCAUCCUCCCUGAUGGAACUACAAAGUACAUCAGUGAAGCAGGCUUGACUUACUAUGUGCGGCUCAUCGACGCCCUGCUGGCUGCUAACAUCAAGCCCCAGGUGACCAUUUACCACUGGGACCUGCCCCAGGCGCUGCAGGAUGUUGGAGGCUGGGAGAAUGAAACCAUUGUCCAGCGGUUCAAAGAGUAUGCAAAUGUGCUCUUCCAGAGGCUAGGAGACAAGGUGAAGUUCUGGAUCACACUGAAUGAGCCCUUUGUCAUUGCUACCCAGGGCUAUGGCUACGGUACAGCAGCUCCAGGAAUCUCCUUUAGGCCCGGCACUGCGCCCUACACUGUUGGCCACAACCUAAUAAAGGCACACGCUGAGGCCUGGCAUCUGUACAACGAUGUGUACCGUGCCAGUCAAGGUGGGGUGAUUUCCAUCACCAUCAGCAGCGACUGGGCUGAGCCCAGAGACCCCUCCAACCAGGAGGAUGUGGAGGCAGCCAGGAGAUACGUGCAGUUUAUGGGAGGCUGGUUUGCACAUCCUAUUUUCAAGAAUGGAGAUUAUCAUGAGGUGAUGAAGACACGGAUCCAUGACAGGAGCUUUGCUGCAGGUCUCAGCAAAUCUCGGCUCCCGGAAUUUACAGAGAGUGAGAAAAGGAGGAUCAAUGGCACCUACGACUUUUUUGGGUUCAAUCACUACACCACUGUCCUGGCCUACAACCUUGACUAUUCCUCUUUGAUCUCCUCCUUUGAUGCAGACAGGGGAGUUGCCUCCAUCACAGAUCGAUCUUGGCCAGAUUCUGGCUCCUUCUGGCUGAAAAUGACACCUUUUGGCUUCAGGAGGAUCCUGAACUGGUUGAAGGAAGAGUACAACAGUCCUCCAAUUUAUGUCACGGAGAAUGGAGUAUCCCAGCGGGGAGAAGUAGACCUCAAAGACACUGCAAGGAUUUACUACCUCCGCAGUUACAUCAACGAGGCACUCAAAGCAGCUGUGCAGGAUAAGGUGGACCUUCGAGGAUACACGGUUUGGAGCGUGAUGGACAACUUUGAGUGGGCCACAGGCUUUGCAGAGCAGUUUGGUCUGCAUUUUGUGAACUAUACGGACCCUUCUCUGCCAAGAAUCCCCAAGGAAUCAGCCAAGUUCUAUGCCUCCAUAGUGCGGUGCAAUGGCUUUCCUGACCCUGCUGUGGGGCCUCACCGAUGUCUGCAGCCAGAAGGUGAUGGACCCACUGUCAGCCCCGUGAGAGAGCAGAAGAUUUGGUUCCUAGGGCUAACACUAGGGACAACAGAAGCACAAACAGCUCUGUACAUACUUUUUUCUCUUGUCCUCCUUGGAGUCUGUGGCGUGGCAUUUCUGUCAUACAAAUACUGUAGGCGUUCUAAGCAAAGGAAAACACAACCAAGCCAGCAGGAAUUGAGUCACAUUUCUUCAUUCUAACCCUCAAGCUACCACCUCCCAAAGUUCGUGAAGUAGGCCUAGUUUUGUUGUAUACCUUUGCCAGCCUGAAAACUCUUUUAUGAUCUUAGAAUUCUGCCUAUUCUCACCUUCUUCUUCUUCUUAAAGGCCUUGUGCAGUGUUGCAGAUUAAAGAAUUUUAAGUCUCUGAUUAAAAUGGAAAUGUAUAUGCAUCUUACCCGUUAUUGCAAAUGAGUGCAUUAGAGAGGCCUGCCAGUGGAACUUUUUGUGGUUCUCUGAGGCAAUAAAUGAGGCAGGUACAGGUUUCAGUAUGUAAAGGUGGAUAAAAUGAGUAACAACCAUAGCAAUGCUUUUUAUAAGAAAUCAGCUCUGGGCUGCUGUUAUAUCUCCCGCCCAAUCUUCAAGCUUUUUACUAAUCUCACACCUCAUGUUUAGCAGAAAAUCAAAAUGGUACUCACAGUGUGAGGAGAUUUGCUGAUCCACUUUGUAGUGAAACUGGUGAAAAUUAUUUUUAAAACAACCAUUGAAAGGUUUCAGAAAUGGUACUAGAGAAAUAGGAAAUGAAGAUACUUCUAGGAAUUCAGGUCAACCAAGAUGGUGCUGUUAACAGCUUCCAGAGUGCCAGUCCUUGGCAGAAUCUUUAAACAAUUAGCAAAAAGUGGCAGAGAUAUCUUCUCAAAAUUCCAAAAAAGCAAAAACAAACAAACCAAAAAAAAAAAACAAACAGUUAAAGGGUUGCAGUAACUGAGAGAGUACAAAAUCAAGAAA